AUGUUCCGGAACCAGUACGACACGGAUGUCACGACGUGGAGCCCCGCGGGGCGCCUCUUCCAGGUCGAGUAUGCCAUGGAGGCUGUGAAGCAGGGUUCGGCUGCCGUGGGGCUGCGUUCCAGGACCCACGUCGUCCUUGCCACCGUCAACAAGGCCGCUUCCGACCUCUCCUCCCAUCAGCGCAAGGUCUUCAAGAUUGAUGAUCACGUUGGCGUUGCCAUCGCCGGUCUGACGGCGGAUGGACGGGUGCUCAGUCGUUACCUGCGGAACGAGUGCAUCAACCACUCCUUCGUCUACGAGGCACCGCUCCCCGUCGGCCGUCUCGUUGUCCGCCUUGCUGACAAGGCGCAGGUACGCCCCCCUCUUUCAUCUUCUCGCUCCCCUUCUCCUCUCUUUUUUAUUUUCCAUAAGUACCGUAUGGGGUAUGGUAUGCACAAUUUAUGUGGGAAAUUUUAUUCCUCUGGAGUUAGGGUUUUAUGUCCACAAUUUUUUUAUCUGUGCCGAUCGACAAAGCCGAGCAGAUACAGUGUCGCAUCGUUAUUGUCUUGGUAACCCUCACUUCGCUUGGAAUUGAUGUGCUUUCAUGAUGAAGAGAUAGGAUAUUUCCUAGUGCGUUUAUUGAGGGGUUGCAAAGGAAUAUAGUUUUGGUACAUCUUGUGAAGAAUUUGGGAGAUGUUAGGCGGGAUCUGGAAUCGUGGCUUAUGCUUCUACCAGAAGUCUAGAUCGUUUGAAUUUGAUCGCAGAACUUAAGUAUGGUCCAUCUUUUCUUUAAAUGCCAUUCUGGACUCUCAGGAAACAAAGAGCUGUCUUCUUCUCAGGAUGCAAAAAUUGACUUGGAGAAUGUACCAAUGAAAGUUUCUGAGAGAAUUCAGUGGUCUAGUAUUGAUAGCUAACUUUCCACCUGCUGUAAUUGUAAAAGCUUGUCAUGCCUUCGAAUGAAAGCAUCUAUAUUUUUUAUGUACCUUCUCUCCAUUUCCCGCCUUCAUAAAAUAGGUUGGUCAUAUCACCCUUUUUCUCAAAAAAAUGAAACGUUGGUUCCAUGUAGGGGACUGAACUGGUGCCGAGAGUUUAUGUUGACCUUGGAUUCUGAGGAAGUCCAAGGUUUAGGGUUUUUCUGUUUUCAUCUUGCCAUCUGUAAAGCCAGCUCCUCUUUGCAUGCUUCUUGAUGUCCAUUCCUACUCACUGGAUCGGUAAAUAAAGUUGUUCAUUUGUUGGCAUCGUAGAGGCUUCCAUCUACGUGAAAGGGAACAGAAUGAUGUUAUACUAAUGGUGGAGAACGCCAGUCAGGAUAUUUUUUUGUUAUUCCAACUCAUUUUCUUGGAACUUGUGGUAUAGCUAGUUUGGGCCGCUUCAUUGGGAUAGGGUUUUGAACUUGUUUUGUAUUUGAUCUCUUUCCUCUUGGAAGGGUCUGACCUAGCGUCACAUUUUUGCGAUUUAUCGGAAUUUGCAGUAGGGAUGAGAGGUAACAUUCAUCCUCACACGGGAAUGCUGGGCUUUUUCUGGUUUUACCUUGCACCGUCGUAUUGUUUAAUAGGCAGCAUAAGGCGUUGUGGCUGCAUCUUAAGACUUGCAUACUGGGCGAGGUCUCCUGUUCAGUGAAUAUUUGUGUGGUUCAUGUUGGGACUGAAUUAAAUAAUUGAAUCUGAGAAUCACGCAUGUGCUAAUUGUUUCGAUUUUUUUGAAACGUGAACCUUUGGUUGUUCUAAGUGGUUCCACUGGACCACUUCUGGUGUGGUGAGUUCUGACGCAUUCGCUAUCUCCCAUCCUGUGACGGCCCGAGUUUUGGAUGAAUUUUGGAGCUCUCCUAUGGCAAAUGAUGAUAUUGGUGCUGAAUGGAGCAGUCCUCGUCAUGACAUGACUUGUUCAUUUGAACAUUUUACUUGGCUUUCUUCCCUUGAAUUAUCCAAAUCCGUGGCAGUGCUUCCUGACACAGACGGUUUUUGCAAAUACCCGAUUCUCUCUAUGCUGGACGCUCUUAGCUCAUCCAAAUCGGAGUAAUUCAUCAGAAAUAAGUAUAAAUUUACAUGGUCCUAGAAUCUCUAUGUCAUAUUUGUCUGGUGAAUCUGGGCUCAUUGCAUGCCCUGCGACAAAAGAUACUAAAAUUAGUGGCUUCUGUCAAGUUAAUAUUUCAUGAUUCAUAUAAUAAAUGAAGAAUUUUGAUAUAAUGAAAGAUGAAGGAAAUCUGUUUCCUCUUAUAAACAAGUCUGUAAAACAGCUGAAACAAAAAACAGUAGACAUAUUUUCGUGCUUGAAUUAAACAGGCAUCAAGGGAUCCCAUCAUACCAAACCAACCUUCAAGAAGAGAAAUGAUCAAGUUUACAUUAAGUUUUUCUCCUCUGUUUGGGAGAAAAAUUAACUGAUUUAUUCUCUUGUUGCUGGAACUACGUUAUUAAUGAUUAGUGUCUUUGAAGGCGUUAUGAAUUGACAGCACAUGUCUUAUUAGCUGAGGACAUAAAUGAAGGAUGCAUGUGAUAACAUCAAUUUAAUAUUGAGCACAUUGUCUCAAUGAACGGGUUUCAGUUGAUAAUCUUCUAGGCAUAUUGUCUUCCUUUCCAUACUCAUUUAUUGGCCGAAAGGGGAGAUUUCAAUAUUUCCUGUACAUAAUUUUCAACAUCAUUUCCCCUAAAUUCACAUGAUUAGCAUUUUAAUUUCGUGAUGAAUAUUACAGCUGACUUGGAAUGCUUUCUCCAUUCUGUGAUUAUUGGAACAUAAUUUCAAAUAUAAUGCAAUAAUUAAUGAAUAAACAUAAUUGACAUUUACUUUUGAGGAAAUUAAUGAGAUAGCGGACAGUGUCACAGCUUCACAGCUGUGAAUAGUUCUUCAUCUUAUGCGAACAUGAUGAUAACGCUUCACAGCUCUGAAUUUCUUCCAUUUUUAUUUGCAUAUUAUUUUCUUCCUACAUAGGAUAUCAACAGAAAUCUCUGAUGUUAGUCUUGCCCCGAGCUCAAGGGUUAUCCUUAGGAAAAGAACUAACGUGACUGUCAACAUAGUUGUGUCAUAAUUAUACUGCUCUACUUUGACAAAACCAUUGAGAGCUGUUGAGGAUUCGCGAUACAGUGAGGUGGACUAAGAUUUUUGGGAAAAUGAAAUUUUAGUUCUGGACCCAGCGGAAUAGGGGUGAAACGGGCCGCCAGUGUAAGCUAUGUUGGUUCAGAAGGCAAGGACAUCCAAGCUUGAAACAGUACAUGGGAGGUUCUUCUGUCAGCUACUGCGAAGGAAGAAGUUAAAUAAAGGGGCUGCAGACUGACAGUAGGCCUCAGCUCACUGUCUCUUCCUCUCAUCCCUUCGCUUCUCCGAUUCUUCCCCGGUUCAAAAUGGGUAGAGGCCAAUGAGUGUUUUGAAUGCCAUGAGGGGAGAGAAUCCUAGCCGGGAUGACAUCAGGUGAGAGGAAAUUUGUGAGGCGCAAAGAGGCCAGGAGUCUUGGAAUCAUUGUCUUCAGAUGUCCUACUUUAGUACUGUGAUAGGUUGUUGUAGAGAAGUUGAAGGCUUUUGAGCUAAGGUGCGGUGGGAAUAGAAGAUUAUGCAGCGAAUGGAGUGCUCGUAUAACUAAUUUGGAUCUCUUUUCCUCUAUCUAUUUUUCGCCUCCCCGUGCCACAUAUAUUAUCGGCGAAAAGUCAUCAGAUGAGACCCAACUUCAUUCGUAGCUACUACCCGGCUUACUGUCUAUUCGUUCUUUCUAUGCAGGUGUGCACCCAGCGGUCUUGGAAGAGACCCUAUGGCGUGGGCCUCUUGGUUGCCGGCUUGGAUGAACUGGGCGCCCACCUCUACUACAAUUGCCCAAGCGGGAACUAUUUCGAGUACCAAGCGUUUGCCAUCGGGUCCCGAUCCCAGGCUGCCAAGACCUAUUUGGAACGCAGGUUCGAGGCUUUUGACAAGUACUCUGCGGAAGAGCUGAUAAAGGACGCCCUCUUCGCCAUCAAGGAGACGCUGCAGGGGGAGAAACUCACUAGCUCCAUCUGCACCGUGGCCAUCGUGGGGAUAGGGGAACCAUUUCACAUAAUCAGCGAGCAGGCCGUGCAGGAGAUGGUCGACGCCCUGGAGACCCGGGAGGAAGCUACCGCCGAGCAGAGCGGCGGGGACAUGCAGGACGAGAGCGGCAACCCAGACGCCGCUGCGCCCAUGGAGGAGAUUUGA